CCGGAUCAGACAUUACAUUUGAUUAUGAGUUAUUAGGAAAGUGCAUUAAACCAGUCCUCCGAAAUCAUUAUUACCCCGAGUGUCAGGGGAAGUCUGGCCAUUAGAAUGAACAGUUCUAUGCCUGAAGCAUAUUAUCACGGUUCGUAUGCCGUGGCUGACGUUGCUAGGUCGUGGGAGUUAGCUUAGGAGGAUCAACUGCCCCGCCUGCGACUUUAAGCACUUACUGUCGAGCUUGUUCUCUUCAUCAUCGAUAUUAUUAUUGUUUUUUUGUGUUUUUGUUUAUUGUUUGGUCUGCAAUAUGCGUUAGCUGUAUGCUGAUUACCCGUUACACAGGACAUGUCGACGAGUCUUAUGUUCACAGUAUGGACAUAUGACAGUCGGUGUUAUGACUGUAUUACCCACUUACCGGUUCCUCAAGUUGGAGACUCAAGAUAUCAUGUCCUUUGGACACGCCCAGAUCGAAUCAAGCAGGGCUAGGGGGAGGGUUGGGAGGGCAAGGCUUAGGAGAAGGCGGGUCCUGGUGGGAGUCAUCGUCAUCUUCGAUGUAGGUGUCGCAGCCUCCAGCCAUUUCACCGAGCUGCUCAGGGGCAAUGGUGACAGUGUCAACAAUGGACUCGGAAACGAUGGACAAAGCAGCCAUCUUGAUGAUGUUUGUUCUGGAGAGUGCGUUCUUGUCUUUUCAAAGGAAUCUCGAGAUGGUAGAGUUAGGAAUGACGAUGGGUUUUGCAGGAAGGAGAUGAUGUGUGCGAGACGUGAAAGACGCGAAAAAGGUGAAAACAAGAGAGAUAAGUCUCAGGAGAUAAGCCACACAGACUGCUGUCUUAUCUGCGGUAUUUUCUUUGGGCCGGAUGAAAGAGAAUCCGGUGUUGAUGGCACAAUAUGGCACGAUGGCGAGCGGUGGGCUCCUAUUCCUUAUAUCUUGUUACCAGGAAAGGCGGCGCAAGGUGCCACUAUCUUUACUGCUUCUCUGCUGGCGCUCAGCAGUAUCAAUCGAUGGCUGACUGCUGCCAGAGAGCUGUAUCAAUAUUCGGGGAAGUCUGUAGGAGCCCGAUACGGAUCCGGGAGCGGAAUCCCAACGGCCGGGAUACUAGUAAAGCUAUCUUUGACUGAUAUCGUACCGUUUCCACGGUCCAUGGGGAGUCUUCGCCCCGUUUCUGCCUAAAACCAAGGGCGAGCACGACAUCAAGUUCUGGAAUCCCCUGAGAAUUCUUCAUUGUACGGAUCCCGGCGUCCAACCAGGGAAUGCGAUAUGGUGGCACCGGGAUGGUGUCACGCAUCUUCCCCGGAUAUCUCGCUUCUUAGGAAGACACUAUCGGUCGCCUCAUCUGAGGCACUCUAUCUCGACGUCGAUAUAGUUGCGGGAAGUAUGCCAUGUUCAUCAAGAGAUCACAUAAAUGCUGGCAGUCAGAAAAA